AUGGUCAGUACUGUUGCGACAACUAUCGGUCCAUGGGGUGACAAACGACACUACUUCACUUGCAAAUCCACCUCACAACUUCAUGGUGAGGAAGGUAGCCAGUACAUUGCCACUGACUUCGCGUUGGCACAGAGUCUACCGAUGCCUCGUCAAGUGAAUCCCCAGCUUGGCGAUUCCCCUCCACUGUGUGGAGGCCACAGGAAUUUCACCAUUGUGGCGACUAGCAAUGCCGUCUUCGCUCUCCAACAUUGUGGUCGGGCGAAUGGCAUGCGCACACUUCUUGCAAUCGACCCAGACCCCCUGCAUUAA